AUGAGUUCGAUCGCACAUGGCGAUGAGCUCAAUCCGGUGUCCUUUGGCCGUGAGAAAGAGGCGUUGGAUGGCUACGGUGACGAAAUAUCCGCAGAUCUAUCGUUACUGAAGAUGCUUGACGAAAACUCGCCGCAAAUAAUCGAGCCAGAAGCAUCGAAAUCUUCAUCGUCGUCGGUGUCGGUAACAAACGAAUCAGUAUUGGGAUCCAUAAAUAAAGUCAAAGAUGAAGACCAGUCCAAGAUCUCCGCAUACGCACGGCUAGAUUUCGAAAACUACACAUUCUACGUGCAAACUUUGCAAGUUAUACUCGGACGACGGUCAAAUGAUAAACUCAUGCAAGGGUCCCACCAUACGGUGGAUGUUCAUAUCAGUUCCAAAAAAGCCAUUUCGAGAAAACAUGCGAAAAUCUUCUACAAUUUUGGUACCCAGAGGUUCGAGAUCUCGAUUCUUGGCCGAAACGGGGCGUUUGUCGACGACUUAUUUGUGGAAAAAGGUGUUACUCUUCCUUUGGUAGAUGGUACUAAGAUUCAAAUUGGUGACAUUCCUUUUGCAUUUCUACUCCCAUCCAUCGAUCCUCCCGAUAACGUUACCGUUGCGGCAAAACCAUUCAAUCCCACCGAUGCCAUAAACUUGAGAACAAACUUGUACUCACGAUCCACCUCCAAUUCUCCCACCACCAAGUCGUUGGAAUAUUCCGAUAAUGUCGACCCCAGUCUCUCGGAUCUCGACCGCCAAGUAGCCUCACUCACACCAUUAAUCGAGGACCAUACUGGUGUCAAGGAAGAAACGAAACCUCCACUAAUGGGCAAACCUGCCCGAAUGGGUAAACCUGCAAUUCCUCCUCGAUACGGCCGACCCGCCAAUCUUUCCGGCUCAUCUAUGUUAGGAAUACCAGCGCAUUUGGUCCAGGGAGGUUCUGCUUUGAAAGUAGCUCCUGGAUCUUAUCCUGGGGGAAUGGGUUAUCGUCCUUCCGUACCUCGCUUGGAGGCUCAAAUUCGAACAUUGACUCCAACCCAACCAACCAAAAUUAGCCCAGCACCAGUAAUAACAGUUUGCACUCAACCUGUAUUGCCGUCGGUGCUAGCUCCCACACCAGUGGCUACAGACGGUUCAUCUACCAUCAAAAAACGUGAACCCAAGAAAAGUGUUCAUACCGCUGAGGAAAUACCAGAAAAGUACCGUAUCAAGCCAAAUAUCCAUUUUGUGUCCAUGAUAUCGUUAGCACUUAAAAAGGGUCCGUUGACCAUCAGCGAGAUUCAAGAAACCAUCAAGGAACUUUUCCCAUACUACAAGUACUGUCCUGAUGGAUGGCAGGUUUCCAUUAGCCACAAUUUGCUUCUUAACAAAAUGUUCUCCAAGGUGGACCAACGAGAAGAUGGUUGGACUUGGAAAGUGGACGAAGAAUAUUUCCACGAAAAGGAAAAUGUUCGCCAAAAGCAGCAGGAACUCGCCAAUGCUCGUGCCAAAGAAACUGCUAUACGGUUAGAGGAAGCCAAGUUGCGCAAGCCUACUUUUGGAGCCCAAUCUCAAUUUCUUUCACAAUUACGCCAAGGAACCCAGAAACAAAAGACAAUUGCAGAACUUGCCAGCGAGAUCAGUCGUGAUGGACGCAGUCCGUAUACCAGCUCGAUAAAGGAGCAGCUAGCUGCGAACCGGUCGCAGUCACCAACCACCAUAAGCCCAGGAAACCAUUCAGGAAACAACCCCAUAAACUCAGGAAGCAGCUCAGUCCAUUCUCCAGUCAAUUCCGUCAAUUCAUCCAAUUCCAUCAAUUCUUCGAGUCCUUCACCCACCACCAAUUCGAGUGGUGACACCAAAAAGGCACUUGCCUAUGUCCAAAAAGAGCUUUUUACCCUCUACAAGGCACGCAAACUCAACUACGAUACCACAACAACCACCGAAAUCAUCACUAAAGCACUUACUACCACCAUUGCUCAGGUCAAAGUAGUGGGUGCAAAAGCUGGAUGCGGCGAUAAUGCACUUGGAUUUUUGGUGGAAAGAGCUCCACAACAAGUGAGCAAGAUCCUUGAUAUAGCAUUGAGCAAGUCUAUCCGUGACAAAGAAGCUUCUGUUUCUCCAUCCAAACGGUCUUAUGAAGAAAACUACCCACCGGCAAAGAGAUAA